AUGGACUGUCAGUUAGAAGCAUCCCUGUUUUCACGUCUCCAAUCUGCCCUACCUCCCAAUAUUGUCGCAACUGUAAACAACACGACUCCCGAGUCUCUGAAGCAUGUUACGGACAACGUCGAUUUUGCUGGCAUACACUCAAACCUCCUUACAGAAUUCCAGCACGUCCAAGGUGUCACAUGCGCCCAGUAG